ACCUUCAGUUUUCCAGGAUUAUUUGAAGAGGUAAGGUCACCAGUGAACGAUACUUUUGGUUAAAAUAACAGGCGAUUCAACGAAUAAGGUGAGAUAUCUGAAACGAAAGCCGAUAUAUAAUGAUGUUCCUAAAAUUGACAUUAAAUGUCUUAUUAUAUAUCGUUGUAAUGGCAAUGGCUUUUCCUAUUCAUGAAAGUGCGGUAAAUAAGGACUAUAGUGCAAUUAAUAACAAAUUAUCGAAUUGUCUGUUACCUCUUCAUUAUAAUUUGAAGAUAACAUUGUCGCAUAUUCACAAGUCUAGUGGCGAAUCCUAUAUUAAUUUUUAUAUUAAUUGUGGAAUACAUAACAUAACUUUAAGUACAUCGAAAUAUAUCAGAUUAAUAAGAGUAAUGUUAAUGUCGGUUAGCAGUGAAAAAAUCUACAAACCUGAUUUAUAUUAUCCUGAAGAGAAAAUUGUCGUUCUUACAUUUGACGAUAACGUCUUACCGGAAAAUUACAUAGCAAAUGGACUUUAUAUUCUAUACGCGAAAUUUAAAAUAAAAUUUCAACAGAUUUCGCUAAGUUCGUACAUGAACAAAGAAGGAGAUCAAGAGUCCACCGCUACGUUAAUCCGAUACGGAAAAGGCCGACAAUUAUUUCCAUGUUGGGACGACCCGGAAUUAAGCGCCACCUUUAGCAUCUCCUUAGAAUACAAUCCUGCAAUGAGAAUCAACGUUUUGUCGAAUAUGCCGAUGAACUUGAAACGAAAUGAAUAUAACGAGUCUUUGACGAUUAUGGAUUUCCAAGUCUCGCCUCCAUUAUUUGCAAACGAUGUAACAAUAGUUAUACUACCCGAUGUGUAUCCCAUGCGGGUUUCUUAUUCGUUGAAGAAUAGGACAGAAUUAUGGUGCAGAUUAGACUUGGAGCCUCAUAUGUUAUUGGCGGAAUAUACCAUUAAAAACGUAACUCAAUUUAUAGAAAGAUAUUGGAAGUUCUUAAAAAAAGUCCCGAAGAUGGAUUACAUCGCUGUUCCAAAUUUCAAAGACAAAGUUUUUCACACUACGGGAGUAGUUUUUUACAAUGAAGCUGAUAUUGCUUACAAAGAAGUAUUAUUUCCUGCUGUGACCAAAAUUACAAUAAUGUGCUCAAUAGCUCAUGAUAUAACAUAUCAAUGGAUUGGUAAUCUUUUUAAUCCGUUAUGUCUGACUCACUGGUGGUUAAACAAAGGCUUCAUUUUGUUUCUUCGUACAUAUAUCCUCGAUAAGUCAUUUCCAGAUGACCAGAUAAUGGAUUUCUUCAUAGUUCAAAUUCAACAUAAAUCUCGUGAGCUAAACUCUAAAAUUGCAAUGAGUUCUAUGGAAUUUACGAACGAUAUAUUGAACCCUGAUUUAUUUUAUCCUCAUUCUCCGAUUACAGGAGCCCUUGUAUGGAAUAUGCUAAGAACAGUUUUUCCUCAUAAUUUAUUUUGGGAUAGCAUCAAAGAGUAUUCAAACACAAAUAUAAUUACUGAUUCGGAUUCGAAAAGUACCGAUGAUCUAUGGAACAUUAUGCAAACUACCAUGGAUAAAUUUAGUUCUAACUAUUUACCAUACAAUCUUAGAACGUACAAUUUAACUGUAAAACAAGUGAUGGAUAUUUGGUCUUCACAGAUUUUCUGUCCUGUUAUAAAUGUGAUACGAGAUUAUUCUAACGGUAUCGCGAAAAUUUCGAAGGAGUUUCAUAACAAAUUAAAUCAACAAUCAUAUUUUAUACCUGUGACCUACACAUCGGAAACAAACGUCGAUUUUAAUGUAACUUUACCGAAUGUUAAUGAGUGUUUAACACAGUCGAAUUCAGAGUUGAAAAUUCUGCAUCUCAAUGAAAAUGAAUGGAUCAUCGCUAACAUACAACAAUCUGGAUACUAUCGCGUCAAUUAUGAUCCUGAAAAUUGGCGAAAAAUUGCCCAUUACUUGAAUUCUGACGAAUAUACAAAUAUUCAUGUUCUUAAUCGGGCGCAAAUCAUCGAUGAUGCAUUCUAUUUCGCAAUACAAGGAAAACUGAAUUUCUCCAUAUUCUGGGAACUCACAAGCUACUUACCAAGAAGAGAAACAAAUUACAUAGCAUGGUAUCCUAUAAUCAAAAUUCUUCAAUAUAUGUUGCAAAUAUUUCCAUUCUCAAAUGCGCCAGAACUUCCCAAUGUGCUAAAGGAAGUAUUAUUAAAAAUAAAAAGUUUGUUUGAAGAAGUAAAAUACGAUCAAGCGAUACAUUUUGACGAGAACCGUUACAAACUACAUAAUUAUUUGAACUUGGUACUUUCAAAAUUGGGAUGCAUCGUCGAGAAUGUUCACUGUUUAGAAAUGGCCAAACAUCAAUUGGAAUUGCAUCUAAGAAAUCGUGAUAAAUAUAAAAUAAUACCUGAAUGGCAUAAAUGGACAUAUUGUAAUGGUUUAAAAAGAGCGAACUACACUGUUUGGAAACAAGUAUGGACAGAAGCAACUACUAAAUACCAAGAAGAAUCUGAUUAUACAAUGUUUGAAUUUCUUACUUGCACCGAGAAUCACCAAGUUCUUAUUUAUCUGCAGUCAGCUUUAAGGAGAUUUGAAAUGGAUUUGUUCUUUAAUAGUAUAAAUAAUGAAAUGCAAGAAGUGAUAAAAAAUCAACAGCGUAAAAUAUAUACUAAAGUUUUUUUCUCUAUUCUUGCGACACAUACUAAAAAUAAUACAAUGCUUCGAGAAAUAUUAACAAAUUUUGAUAAUAUAAAAUUUAGCCAUAUCAAUAGCACUGCAGCAUUAAUUGUUCUUAUUAAUAAUGCAUACUCUGUAAAUCAACUUGACCAGAGAGAGAUUACAAUGUACAAGAUACAAUGUUUUUCUCUUUUUCUCUUACAUACCUGUAUAUCUGCAUUCGCGAAGCAACAUAUGCAACAAUUAUUUCCAGAAGUUGACCAGAAGGCUGCAAACGUUUAAUACAGAUUAAAGUUCAGCUGAGAUUUUUCAAAAUUUGAUCAAAGAAACCAAUAAGUUCGGUACGGUAUAA